AUGCCGCCGCCACCAAGCCCCUCAUCUCGAGGAUCGCCAUUCCGUAAGUUACACGAUUGGUCGCGCGCCCUUCGCAACCACCAGUACUGAUGCUUCCAGCUUCUUUCCACGCCGCUGCUGUCAUACUCGUGAAUUCACGCACCGUCCAUUGAUCCACGCUGUCUUCUAUCUUGCCAGGUCCAAGUCAGCCUUCUUUUUUCCCACGCCCACUACGUCCUACUGCGGCCUCGCAAGAGUCCGGUAGACUGCGGGAAGACGCUCGCGCAGCCGAGUCAGGUCUGUCGAGAGCCCAGCGCCGAAGCAGAAGUCCAGAGCCCGGGCCUUCAAGGAGCAGACGACGCACUUCGAGAGCUUCUGAGGCAACAAGUGGCGCUGUCGGUGACGUUUCUGGAAGCUCGGGCGGAGCAGAAGACUCUGGCAGUCGGUCCUUUGAGGCCACAUCAGCCAGCGGCUCUACGACCGGGGCUCGUCGCCAUCCUCCGAUGCCACGACCACGCAAUGAUCAAAUGUCGGAACGGUGAGUCGCGCCUACAAAGCGUAGCUUCCUUCCGACCCAUUUUGACCAGAGGCUUUAUGCGCUGCACUUGGUAGGAGGCGACGUUACGCGUUGAGCAUCGUGCAACAACCGAGCACCGGCUGUGCGUUCGGGACCAAUCUCUUAUCACGAAUCAGCGUGUCGCCCCCUCUCAUUCUCCAACUGCGUGUCAGUGAGCCGGACGGCGCGGAAGUCCUUCCGUGAGUAAAGCCAGACGGUGUCUCGAGAAGUAGUCAGCUAAGACCGCCGCUUUCGCCACUUUCCCUUGCGCAGCCUCGACGAGCUACCUUUCAUGCUGUGCCAACUUCGCCUGGUCACUGCGACAGGGCAACCCGCAGACAUGCUGUCUCCUGUGCCGAGCCAGCUAGCUGCACCAGACGCAGAGGAAUCGGGCGCUGCACCUUCUGAACCGCCUCGGAGACCAAUCCCUAGAGCUCAACAGCCAUCCAUUCUCCAGGGCAGCGCAGACGGACCAGCAAUGGAAGGCUCGACACCAUCUCCACCUAGAGUGCCUACUUCGCAUAGCAGCAGCCCGGCUCAUGCACAGAAUGCAGCAGUGCCUGUGCGAAUGCUCUACGGCAAUAUGGUGGCUUUUGGCGUUCGGAUACCAGAGACUCAGGGUCAGAACAAUCCUCACGGGAUCUUUUUCGUCUUUCCAGACAUCUCCAUCCGAUCACGCGGCCGCUUCCGACUUGUUGCUGACCUCAAUCGAAUGCCAAAGUGAGUGUGCGCCUCGGCGUCCUGAAAGCACGAUUCGAGCUCAGCGGUCGGCUCACUCCACGCCGCGCCAGUACGUCGCCGGCUGCAGUCUCGAGCAGCGAUCCGACGCCGCGCGGGCCCUUGGCAAGUGUGCAGACUCAAUCGUUUGACGUCUUGCUGCGCACGCAAUACAUAGCACCUCGUGAGUCCAGCUUACUUCCUACAGAAGACGAGCGCGCCUAAAGCUGACUGAUGAUGGUCCCUCGCACCGCAAAUCGGCUCAAAAGGGGAUACCCCGCUCACCGAGUUCUUCGCGAACCAUGUGUCCUUGCCUGUGCAAUGGCGAGCAGCGACGGAUUGA